GACACAUCGUUGAUCAGAAUGAGGGUUACUCUUGGUCUCUUGGCGGUCAUUUUGACCGUCUGCUCAGCUUUACCGGUCAGCCGCAAAGUCCGUUAUGACAGCUACAAAGUUUACCGUGUGACUCCCCGUACUCAGGAGGAGUUAGAAUGGAUGGAAGAGGUAGCUGACAGGUGGGCAAUGCUUGAUUUCUGGAAGCGCCCAUCGACGGUUGGACGACCCGUCGACGUUAUGGUCUCUCCCGACCAGCAGUUGAGCUUUGUCAGCUCCGCGAGCCGUCCCGGACUCACCAUCGAGACGUGGAUCUCCAACGUCCAGGAUUUGAUCGACCGAGAGGCUGCCGCGAUGGUCAGUUCUAAGAACGACUUUGAUGCGGCUGCUUUCGACUAUAACAAUUACCACACCUACGAAGAGAUCUUUGCUUGGAUGAAUGACUUUGCCUCCUCUCACCUUGGUGUCAGCAUGGUCCAGGUCACUACCACUUACGAGGGAGAAGCCGUUUACGGACUCAGGAUCGCGAAAUCACCAUCUGCAACGAACGUGGCUUACAUCCAGGGAGGCAUCCAUGCCCGCGAAUGGAUCAGCCCAGCUACAGUCAUCAACCUCAUCAAAAAUUACAUAGAUAACUACGGCAGUGAUGAUACGGUGACGAGCAUGUUGGAUAACUUUGUGUGGAUCAUUGUACCCGUCUUCAACGUCGAUGGAUACAAGUUCAGCAUCUCCGACGAUCGUUUGUGGCGCAAGAAUCGCAACCCCAACACUGGUGGCUGCGCUGGAGUCGAUCUGAACCGCAACUACGACUACCAGUGGGGAGGUGCCAGCAAUCAGAAGUGCGCCCAGGACUAUCAGGGCACAAAGGCGCUGAGUGAACCCGAGAACAGCGGCUCCAAGGAUUUCCUGCAGGGCUUUGGUUCAAACCUCAAACUCUUCAUUGAUUUCCACUCCUAUGGCCAGUACUGGCUCUACCCAUGGGGUUACACCAGGAGAACCGUUACACAACCAGAUAGAGACGAUCAGAAAGAUCUAGCCAUCGCAAUCGAGAAUUCAAUCACCUCGGUCCAUGGCAAAGACUAUUUCGUUGGAGAAUCAGGACCUGACAUGUAUCCCGCCACAGGUGGGAGCGAAGACUUUGGUUACGGCUCCCUGGGUGUGAAGUACACCUACGUCGUGGAGCUGAGGGAUGAGGGCAUCUUCGGGUUCGAGCUCCCCGCCUACCAGAUCCAGCCUACCGCUGAGGAGAUCUUCGCCGGUAUGAAGACACUCGGCAAGCAGCUCGUUGCCGAGUUUGCUUAGUGAGGGGCGACUAUGAUUGCGACUAUGGCUAUCACACGACCACUGUGCAUGGGGGGGGGGGGGGGGAUAUUCUUCGAUUUGUUUUUCAUUAGUGGAAAAUAUUUCAAAAUUCAAAAAUCUUGAACGUGUUUGGUUAGGCAUAAUCGUUAACGUGGGCUUUGAUGGGAAUAUUAAAGACAACAACAAUGUGGGAAUGAAUGGAGUACAAUUGUCAUGUAAAAUGUUGAGACAAUAAAAUAUUAUUAAAAAUUCAAA